AUGUCAAGAUCUGACAAUGAAAAUUUGGAUAUAAUCCGUUCAUCUUUAAAACUUUGUCCAAACUUUCCAAAGAAAGGGAUUACAUUCAUUGAUGUUUUCGGUAUUUUUGCUAAUCCAACAGCUCAUCGUGCAUUAAUUGAUGUUAUUUUAAAUCGUAUAAAAAAAUCAAAUACAAAAAUUGAAGCUAUUGCUGGACUUGAAGCACGUGGAUUUAUAUUUGGUCCACAAAUUGCUUUAGAAUUACAAGUACCAUUUCUUCCUGUUCGAAAACAUGGAAAACUUCCAGGAAAAGUAUCUGCAAUUGAUUAUGAUCUUGAAUAUGGUAAAGAUACAAUAGAAAUGCAAAUGAAUAUUCUUCAGCCAGGAACGAAAAUUCUUUUAUUGGACGAUUUACUUGCUACCGGUGGUACAUUGGGUGCGGCACAAAAAUUAUGUGUUCAACUUGGUUAUGAAGUAGUUGAAACUUUAGUAAUAAUUGAAUUAAUCGGUUUCAAUGGACG